GGAAAGGGACAGGGUGUCAGAGGGCCCUUUGUGACACGUGGUGACAGAGGAGCUGGCCACAGCGACAGGUCCACGCCACAGUGCUCGGUGCACGCGACGGGACAGGACGUGCCAGAGCGGUGCUGUGAGGAGCCCCCACACAGCGCACUCGUUUGUGUCUCACCCGGAGCUUCUCUGAGCCGUCAUUCUUGCAGGUGACCUCGAGGCCAGACCACAGGACUUGGUGACCUGUGGCCUUGCCGAGGCUUCUCAUCUGCAGGUGCCCUUGAGGGCAGACUGUGGGACCUGGUGACCCGGUGCUUUUCCGAGGCAUCGCCCAUCCCUGCAGUCACUGCCCUUGAGACCAGGGCACAAUCCUUGACGAGGAGCCUCCUGUCCUUGUGGCAGGAGCCCUCAAGACCCGAGUGCAGGACUUGCUGUUCUGCAGUCUUGCUGGGACUUGAGUCUUGCAGGUGCCUUCCAGGCACGACUGCAGGACUUGCUGCCUCAGAGCUUUUCCGAGGCAUCUCUCUUGCAAGUACCAUAAAUUCAGUCCCUACCAUGGAGCAGCGACCCCCAAGAGUUCCCAAGCUGGCCUGGGUGGAGGAGGAGGAGGAGGAAGAAGGCCCUGGAGCUGACCCAGAAGUAGAGACUGAAGAGGUGCAGGAAUUCCAGCCACUGGAGGAAGGAUGGGAGAGUGUUGGAGAAGAUCUGGAGCAGCGACCCCCGAGGGUGCCCAAGCUGGCCUGGGUGGAGGAGGAGGAGAAGGAGGAAGAAGAAGGCCCUGGAGCUGACCCAGAAGUAGAGAUAGAAGAGGUGCAGGAGUUCCAGCCACUGGAAGAAGGAUGGGAGAGUGUUGGAGAAGAUCUGGAGCAGCGACCCCCGAGAGUGCCCAAGCUGGCCUGGGUGGAGGAGGAGGAAGAGGGAGAAGACUCUGGAGCUGCCCCAGCACCAGAGACUGAAGAGGUGCAGCAAUUCCAACCACUGGAGGAGGAUGCAGCCAUGGACCGGACACAAGAGCAGGGCCUUGCCUGUGGCCUCUUCCGCAGAACACCUGCACAGGAAGAGACCAGCGUCAUGGGCACUGGGUCCAUGGAAGAUGGUGACAUCUACACCAGCGACACCAGUGCUGCCAUGCUGGAAUUCAUUUUGGAGGAGGGUGUUUCCAUUCCAGAGCAAGUGCCUGCCGUGGUGAGGUACAUCCACCAGUGGCUCAUGGCCAAUGAGUCUGCUGACUCCAGGCUGGGCAGGACCCUGCUGGAUCUGACCGAGGCACAGCCCACUGAUGUGGUCAUUGCUCUCCUGCGUGUGGCCCCAACGUGUGACAGGUACGGGGCCCACGUGCCCAGAGGGCUCAGGGCUCCCCAGCCCAUCAGCCUGCACAGCCCUGCCCAGGUGUCUGAGCAACAGAGAGUUGCAGGGUCCUGUGUACCUACCUGGGACCUUUCCCAGCCCUGCUCCAUUGGCCCCUGAGCCUGCUG